CAAUCCUGUGAUUCCAUCAUUCUUAGCAGUUAGCAGUUAGCAUAUCAUUCCCCAUGGCAUUCACAAUCCAAAACUGGGGUAUUUCUUUGGCAUUGAUCUUCAUAUUGGGAGCUUUGGCUUCUCAAGCCAUAGCUCGUACUCUCCAAGAUGCAUUAAUGUAUGAAAAGCAUGAGGAAUGGAUGACUCGAUAUGGACGCGUAUACAAGGAUGCUAGUGAGAAGGAGAUGCGUUAUCAGAUAUUCAAGAAAAAUGUAGAGCGCAUAGAAUCCUUCAACAAAGCUUCAGGGAAAACAUACAAGCUUGGCGUCAAUAAGUUUGCAGAUCUUACUAAUGAAGAAUUCAAAACCACAAGGAAUAGAUUCAAGGGGCAUAUGUGUUCUGCACAAGCAGGUCCUUUCAAGUAUGAAAAUGUUUCUGCAGUCCCAUCUUCCAUGGACUGGAGAAAGAAAGGAGCAGUUACUGCCAUCAAGGACCAAGGCCAGUGUGGAUCCUGCUGGGCGUUUUCGGCUGUGGCUGCUGUGGAAGGAGUUACUCAACUAUCAACUGGAAAAUUGAUCUCACUUUCUGAGCAAGAACUUGUUGAUUGUGACACCAAGGGAGAGGAUCAAGGAUGCCAGGGUGGCUUAAUGGAUGAUGCCUUUAAAUUCACAGAACAAAAUCAUGGCUUAACAACUGAGGCUAACUAUCCAUACGAGGGAUCUGAUGGAACAUGCAACACCCAGAAGGAAGCCAACCAUGCAGCAAAGAUAACAGGUUAUGAAGAUGUUCCAGCCAACAAUGAGGCAGCACUAAUGAAGGCUGUUGCAAAACAACCAGUUGCUGUUGCCAUCGAUGCUUCGGGAUAUGAGUUUCAGUUCUAUUCAAGUGGCAUCUUUACAGGAUCUUGUGGCACUGAACUAGAUCAUGGUGUUGCAGCUGUUGGGUAUGGAGAGAGCAAUGGAAUGAAUUAUUGGCUUGUGAAGAAUUCAUGGGGAACCCAAUGGGGCGAGGAAGGCUACAUAAGGAUGCAGAAAGACAUUGAUGCAAAGGAGGGGCUUUGUGGCAUUGCCAUGCAAGCAUCUUACCCUACAGCAUGAAUUGCUGAUCAGGAUCACACAGAAGGCUAAAGCCACACAAGUAAUUAAUUAUAAAUCAAUAAUACAGUUUGUGUAUAUUUGUGUGCUUGGUUUUAGUAACUACGUACUAUCCUAGGCUGAUUGUUCAACCUCUCGAGAAGGUGUACAGUCUCGUACAAGAUACGAGUUUGCAUGUCUGUAUGUAUAUAUUGAUAUCUUAUUCCACUUUCAUUUUCUAUAA